AUGUCGAUGAUGGGAGAGAUGAAUUUCUUUUUUGGAGUACAAGUAAAGCAAACUAAAGAAGGAAUACUGAUCAAUCAGUCGAAGUAUGUUAAGGAACUUAUCAACAAGUUCAGAGUUCAACACAUGAAGACGGUGAAGAUUCCCAUGAACACCAACUGGAAGUCAGACCCAAAGGAAGCACACAUGGAUGCAGCAAAGCAAAUUCUACGAUAUCUCAAAGGCACACCAAAUGUAGGCCUAUGGUAUCCAGCCGAUGACAACUUCAAGUUAUCUGGAUACUUAGAUUCAGAUUUUGCUGGAUGCAAAAUAGAACGAAAGUCAACUCCCGGAACUUGUCAAUUCCUAGUCCAACAACUGAAGGACUACAGAAUCAAAGAAAGGGAAGUUCCCAUUUAUUGUGAUAGCUCAAGUGCAAUUGCAAUCUCACAAAACUCGGUACAUCACACCGACAGAGAUAGGAAAGAUGUAAUUAGGACAGCUAAGGCCCAAGCAAUGCAUGUGAUGAUAAUUGCCAGCACGAAUACCGACACAUAA